CACAGUGUUGACUUUGUGCCGACCCGGCCGCGUCUUUAUUUCCUGCUCUGGCUGAAUCUCCUGUGAGAUGGAAGUGGGAUGUGGUCCAGCGGUGGUGUGUUGUGUUUUUUCCUUCCUGUGCGCCGUGCACGCCUCGUACAGGGACAGACAGUACCUCAACGAGUGGGCAGUGGAGAUCCCAGGCGGACUGUCCGCGGCACAGGCGAUCGUCAGAGACCUGGACUACGACCUGAUCCGACAGAUCGGGGCCCUGGAAGACCACUUCUUGAUCAAACACCGCAAUCAUCCAAGCAGAAUGAAACGAAGUGCAGAUCAUAUCACCAAACAACUGUCGGAGGAUGAUCGGGUGCUGUGGGCCGAGCAGCAAUACGAGAAACUCCGCAAUAAACGAGCUUCUCUGCGUCAGUGCAGAGACUGCCCGGUAGACAAGCUGUUUGACGACCCCAUGUGGAACCAGCAGUGGUACCUGCAAGACACGCGGACCUCUUCGUCCCUGCCGAAGCUCGACCUGCACGUCAUCCCCGUGUGGCAGAAAGGCAUCACGGGGAAAGGCGUGGUCAUCACGGUCCUGGAUGAUGGACUGGAGUGGAACCACACAGACAUCUACUCCAACUACGAUGCAGCGGCCAGCUACGACUUCAACGACAAUGAUCCUGACCCUUUUCCCAGAUACGACUCCACAAAUGAGAACAAGCAUGGAACCAGGUGUGCAGGAGAGAUCGCUAUGCAGGCAGACAACAAUAAAUGUGGUGUUGGGGUCGCAUACAACUCCAAGGUUGGAGGGAUUCGAAUGCUGGAUGGAAUUGUUACUGAUGCUAUCGAAGCAAGCUCUAUUGGCUUCAAUCCUGACCAUGUAGACAUCUACAGUGCCAGCUGGGGACCUAAUGAUGAUGGGAAGACGGUGGAAGGUCCCGGCCGACUGGCCCAGAAAGCUUUUGAAUACGGGAUCCAGAGGGGCCGUGGUGGGAAAGGCUCCAUUUUUGUUUGGGCAUCAGGUAACGGUGGGCGCCAGGGUGAUAACUGUGACUGUGAUGGCUACACAGACAGCAUCUACACCAUUUCUAUCAGCAGUGCCUCCCAACAGGGCCUCUCACCGUGGUACGCAGAGAAGUGCUCCUCCACCUUGGCUACAGCGUACAGCAGUGGAGACUACACCGACCAGAGGAUUACGAGUGCUGAUCUACACAACGAGUGCACUCAAACUCACACUGGAACGUCAGCCUCUGCCCCGCUGGCUGCUGGAAUAUUUGCCCUGGCACUGGAACAGAAUCCAGACCUGACCUGGAGAGAUCUGCAGCACAUUGUGGUCUGGACAUCUGAGUAUGAUCCUUUGGCCAAUAAUCCGGGCUGGAAGAGGAAUGGUGCAGGCCUAAUGGUCAACAGUCGCUUUGGGUUUGGCCUUCUGAAUGCCAAAGCCUUGGUGGACCUAGCUGACCCUGUCACCUGGAAGCAUGUGCCAGAAAAGAAGCAAUGUAUUGUCAGGGAUGACUCCUUCCAGCCCAGGGAGCUGAAAGCAGCAGGGGAAAUCACUAUAGAGAUUCCCACCAAAGCCUGUGUGGGCCAGGAGAACGCAGUCCACACACUUGAACAUGUGCAGGUGGAGGCAAGCAUCGAAUACACCAGGAGAGGAGACCUACACAUCACCCUCACUUCACCCGCUGGUACCAACACUGUGCUGUUAGCUGAGCGAGCGAGGGACACAUCCUCUAACGGCUUCAGAAACUGGGACUUCAUGUCUGUCCACACGUGGGGAGAAGACCCUGCUGGAACAUGGACUCUAAAGAUCACAGACACUUCUGGACGCAUGGAAAACGAGGGUCGGAUUUUAAACUGGAAGUUGAUUCUUCAUGGAACAUCAGAGAAGCCAGACCACAUGAAGAAACCAAGAGUGUACAUUCCUUACAACGCUGUGCAGAAUGACCGCCGUGGUGUGGAACAUAUGGAUGAUAUGAUGGAGGAGCCCACAGACGCACGGCCUCCUCCAAAGGCAGUGACUGCACAAACCCCUUCUGCAAACCCAGACAAAGGACCUAAAAAGUUCCACAUAAAUUCCCACUUUCCCUCUGAGGCUCUACUGCGUCUCCUGCAAACAGCCUUCAACAGGCAGUCUCCAGCUUUGCAGCUCCCGUCCUCUGCUCGGGCCUCCACUAUUUGGAGGAAGGAGCAACCAGACAGGAGUAUUCCUCCUCCUCCGUCUACAAAACUCCCACCUCAGAAGCUGUACCAGGCUCUGGACAUGAUCAACAAGUACAGGAAUGGAGUGGACAGUGUGUAUAGCGACUACAGUGACGGCUUCUACAACGCCAAGCCAUACAGGCACAGAGAUGAUCGACUGCUACAGGCGCUGCUGGAAAUGAUAGGUGAUGACAGCCAGUGAAGAGUGGAGGAGGGAGAUACAUGGAGUGAAGCGUGCGUGGGUUGGGGAGCAGAGGAACAAGGAGAAGGGAGGGGCAAUAGCUGAGGAAGGGAUAUAGCUUAUGUGCACCAGAGGAUCAGAGAAGGAAUGCAGGAAACUCUUCUACUCUGUUCUGUUUUUAUUUUCCCCCAAAAUGCUGCAUUUCUGAUCAUCAUACCUACACACAGCGAUCAUUGUUCAUUUGUGAGUUCUUUCUGUCAACUAAACACACAUUCAACA